UCCUCAGUCCUCAGCAAAGGAUCCAAUCCAAUCGUCCUUCUCCUAUCUUCCGAUCGAAAUCGCACACGGAGGGAGAGAGAGAGAGAGAUACUGCAGAUACCAGAAGCUGGUGUAUUUUAUAUAAAUCCUCGCCGUCAUGUCCAAGAGAGUUCUUUGCAAGUUCUUUGCACAUGGUGCUUGUUUGAAAGGGGAGCACUGUGAGUAUUCACAUGACUGGACAGCUCCAACGAACAAUAUAUGUACCUUCUAUCAGAAAGGAAUAUGUACUUAUGGAAAUCGAUGCAGAUAUGAGCACGUUAAGGCUUCUCGUCCAUGGUCCGGUGCGUCGUCGUCAUUGUCAUCGUUAUCGUCAUCGUCAUCGUCAUCGUCGUCCAGAACUUCCUCACAGCCCCCCAUUUCGGGGUCUGUUCCUCAAGUCUUAUCUUCUAGGAGUGGGGUCCAUUCCAGCUCCAAUUCUGUAGAGGUUACUUCACGAAGUAGACCUUUAGGCCCCCGUAACCAACCUGCAUGGAAUCGAGGCUUUGAGCAGCAUGAUUAUGUUGAUGGCAGUGACUUCAUAGAGUCUAGAACUGUCAGACCAGCUGAUCAGUCUAUAUGCUCAUUUGCUGCCGCCGGCGAUUGUCCUCGUGGAGAAGCUUGCCCUCAUAUUCAUGGAGAUUUAUGCCCAACAUGUGGGAAACACUGCUUGCAUCCUUUUAGACCGGAAGAAAGAGAGGAGCAUAUGAAGACUUGUGAGAAAAAGCAAAAGCAGCUUGAGGCAUUGAAACUUAGUCAAGAAAUAGAAUGCAGUGUAUGCUUAGAUCGUGUUCUUUCGAAACCCACUGCAGCUGAAAGGAAGUUUGGUAUAUUGUCAGAAUGUGAUCAUGCGUUUUGCAUAACGUGCAUCAGGAACUGGCGUAGUAGCUCACCAACUACUGGAAUGGACGUGAAUAGUUCAUUGAGGGCCUGCCCAAUUUGUCGCAAGCUUUCUUACUUCGUCAUCCCCAGUGUCAUUUGGUACAACUCAAAAGAAGAAAAACAGGAAAUUAUCGACAACUACAAGGCCAAACUCAAGUCAAUUGAUUGUAAGCACUUCAAUUUUGGCGAUGGAAACUGCCCAUUUGGGACUAGUUGUUUUUACAAGCAUACGGUCAAGCCAGGGUCAUACACAUGGAUACAUCACAGGCCACCUCCUCGCAGACGCAGGCGCAGGCGCAAUCCUGCAAAUAUGGAUGCAAUGUUUGGUGUUUUUGAGCAUUUACUUUUUCUUGAGAGCCUUAUGGGAGAUGAAGACUUGGAUUUCUAUAAUGUUGAAGACACCGAUGACGAUGAUUUAACACCUGUGGAGAUGGCUUUUUUAUUGGCACAACUGGGGAUUAACUCGGGUGAUUCAUCAAGUGAUAGGGAGUAGAGGUCCUUGAGUUCCAGAUUUUAGCCGGUUGUCAUUAAGUUGGAUUUGAUAUUUGGCAAACUGGCAUUUUUGCAUAAGAAAAGAAGAUGAAGCUUGUAGUUUGUUUCUGUUCCUAUCAAAUUCUGUAAUUAUGAACCAUGAACUAGGUUUUAACUUGUGUGGGCUUUUGAUUUGAUUAAAGUCAGUGGUGUGAUGCACCGAUGUUUGAUUGGCAUGGAAAAACAUUUCCUUAACAUUUCUGUGGAGAUGAUUGGAAAUUAAUCAAGCUAUGUGAGAUUCU